AUGUUAGGAGGGUUUAUUUUGUUAAAGAUUUGCUUGUCACUGUGUUGCAGCAAAGUCACCGACAAUGCAAAGAAUUCCUUGGCCUCUCUUAAGAGAGAAAACCCUCGACUUGAGCCCACGCUUGCCAUUAUUCAGGCACAUAAUGACCAGUUGAUUCAAGAAGCAAACAAGAACUUUGCCAAAGAGAUUGGUCUACGUGUUAUUCACAUUUGUCUUCCUGAAGGCAGCACCAAAGAUGAGAUUGUCAGUGAAAUCUUGAGACUCAAUGAGGAUCCUAACGUGCAAGGCCUUGCUCUUGACCUCCCAGAAAGCUUAUACAGCAGUAAGAUAUUAAAUGCUGUGAAACCAGAGAAGGAUGUGGAUGGAUUAUCCAGUGUAAACCUAGGAUGUUUGGUACACGGUGAUGUCCAUGACUGUCUAGUUCCUCCUACAGUGUGUGCUGUGAUGGAGCUUCUUGAAGAUAUAGGUGGGAAGAAGGUGCUGCUGGUGGGAGCGCGCGGGGCAGAGGGUGCUGCCCUGCAGAGCGUGCUGCAGCGCCAGGGAGCCACCGUCCUCAGCUGCCACUGGAAAGCCCCACAGCUGCAGAGUGAGCUCCGUCACGCAGACACGGUGGUGUUCGGAACUGCGAAACCCGACGAUGUUCCUGUGAGCUGGAUAAAGCCUGGGGCCACCCUUAUCAACUGUGCUCAUGAUCCUCUGUCAGAGAAACACAGCUAUGGUCAGCAGAACAACCCUGCUGCUGAAAAGACUGUUGGUUCUCUUGCAGUAGCAAUGAGAAUGCAGAACAUGGUAAAAAACAUGGAGCGAUGGAUCCAGUCCCAGCAGUACAGGAAGUGGAACCUCCACAGCUUGAAACUGCAGCCCCUCUCCCCAGUGCCCAGUGAUAUUGAGAUUUCCCGAGCACAGAGUCCAAAAGCUGUUGAUGUACUUGCCAAGGAGAUAGGAUUGCUUACAGAUGAAAUUGAGAUCUUUGGCCAAACCAAAGCCAAAGUACGUUUGUCCCUGCUGGAAAGGUUAAAGGAUCAACCAGAUGGAAAAUAUGUUCUAGUUGCUGGAAUAACUCCUACACCCCUAGGAGAGGGGAAAAGCACAGUCACAGUUGGUCUCGUUCAGGCGCUUACUGCACACCUUAACAUUAAUUCCUUUGCUUGUCUAAGACAACCUUCUCAAGGACCUACUUUUGGAGUGAAAGGUGGAGCAGCCGGAGGUGGAUACGCUCAAGUGAUCCCCAUGGAGGAGUUCAAUCUUCAUUUGACUGGAGAUAUUCAUGCUAUAACUGCUGCAAAUAAUUUGCUGGCUGCUGCUAUUGAUGCUAGGAUCUUGCAUGAGAAUACUCAAUCUGAUAAGUCUUUGUAUAAUAGGCUGGUUCCAGUUGUUAAUGGAGUGAGAGGAUUUUCUGCUAUUCAGCUUGCCCGUCUGAGAAGGCUGGGAAUACACAAGACUGAUCCUGAGGCUUUAACAGAAGAGGAGAUCAGCAAGUUUGUGCGCCUUGAUAUUGACCCAUCCACCAUAACAUGGCAAAGAGUUGUGGAUACAAAUGACAGAUUCCUGCGCAAAAUAACAGUUGGGCAGGCAAACACGGAGAAAGGAUUUGUCCGUCAGGCUCAGUUUGAUAUUGCUGUUGCAAGUGAGAUUAUGGCCAUCUUGGCACUUACCACCAGCCUUCAAGAUAUGAAAGAAAGACUGGGGAGAAUGGUGGUGGCUAAUGACAAGAAAGGAGAACCAGUAACAGCAGAGGAUUUGGGCGUAACUGGUGCUUUGGCAGUUCUGAUGAAAGAUGCAAUUAAGCCCACACUAAUGCAGACACUAGAGGGAACACCAGUAUUUGUUCACGCUGGACCUUUUGCUAACAUUGCACAUGGAAAUUCUUCUGUUUUGGCAGAUAAAAUUGCUCUUAAAUUAGUUGGAGAGAAAGGAUUUGUAGUAACUGAAGCUGGCUUUGGUGCUGACAUUGGGAUGGAGAAAUUCUUCAACAUCAAAUGCAGAGCCUCUGGCUUGGUUCCCAGUGUGGUUGUACUUGUUGCUACAGUGAGGGCUUUGAAGAUGCAUGGAGGUGGGCCAAAUGUAACUGCUGGUGCACCCUUGAAGAAAGAAUACACAGAAGAGAACCUCCAGCUGGUAGCUGAUGGCUGCUGUAAUCUACAGAAGCAGAUUCAAAUUACUCAGCUCUUUGGAGUUCCUGUUGUGGUUGCUCUAAACGUCUUCAAAACUGACUCUCCAGCUGAGGUUGAUCUGGUGUGUAAGAUUGCAAAGGAGUCUGGAGCAUUUGAUGCUGUACCCUGCAAUCACUGGUCGGUUGGUGGUAAAGGAGCAAUAAAAUUAGCUCAAGCUGUGGAAAAGGCAGCCAAUCAAAAAAACAGUUUCAAAUAUCUCUACAGCUUGGAGCUUCCUAUUGUUGAAAAAAUAAGGAUCAUUGCUCAGAAGGUGUAUGGAGCUCAGGAUAUUGAGUUGUCUCCUGUUGCACAGUCUCAAGUUGAUCGUUACACCCGGCAGGGAUUUGGAAAUCUUCCCAUUUGUAUGGCAAAAACUCACCUAUCCCUCUCCCAUCAGCCUGAGAGGAAGGGUGUUCCCACUGGUUUCAUUUUGCCAAUUAGCGAUGUGCGAGCCAGCAUUGGAGCUGGAUUCAUCUACCCUCUGGUAGGAACGAUGAGCACCAUGCCAGGGCUGCCCACAAGGCCAUGCUUCUAUGACAUUGACCUUGACCCCAUCACAGAGCAAGUGAAAGGAUUGUUUUGAGAGUGACAUCCAAAUUCAGAAGCCUGAAAAUUAAGAACUCCAACUUUCCUGUUUCCUGCAAGUAGGACACAAAAAAUGAAUCUGAAAUAUUCCUGUUAUGUGUCUCUGGAGCAAUGUCAAGAUAGACCAAAGAGCAAAAGUUUACUCUUUCUUCAAACUAGUUUUUUAUGAUGAAAUAUAGCUGUAAGGUUAAAA